CAGCUUCAAACAUAAUUGUCAAAGAGACAUGGCUGGUUUUGAAAAAGAUGAGGUGCCAAUGCUGUCAGAUACUAACCCCAAACUAUCAAUUGAACCUGUUGAUUCUAAAUUCCAGAGGCUUGUACCUAGGACACGAAGUGCAUCAAUUUCUAUUCCCAUGUUCUCCACGGAGUCAUAUGAAACAGAUACUAAUCUUGUGGGACACACUGGACCGCUACGGAGUAAGAGGAAAACUCCAUUUAAUCAGAUGAGUGGUCCUUUAUAUGUUACCCAUAGACCUGGAAACCUUUUCAGGCAGAAUAUAGUAGCACCAGGGAACCAAGCAGUGGAAAGUAAGACAGAAAAGUUUCCUUCAUUGAGUGGCAUGGAUGAAAAUGAUUUGCAGAACCACUAUGCUGGCAAAAAUGAACAUUUAAUAAGGUCUGGUCCACUGGGAAUGUGUAAUGAUCCAUAUUGCACAACUUGCCCAACUUAUUUCAAGGCUACUCAACAAAGGAAUUCUAAAGCUUCGGGUAUAUUCAAUCCUAAGUUUCACAAUUCCCUUUAUGGGGAUGCCAAGGGUUGGGCAAGAAGACUGUUUGCUUUCUUGAUUCCACGUUUUCCUGGAGUUAUGAAUCCUCAUACUAAACUUGUACAAAAAUGGAAUAAAUUUUUUGCAAUUUGUUUCUUGGUGGCAAUUUUUGUGGAUCCAUUAUUUUUCUUCUUGCUCUCUGUGCAGAAGGAACAAAAAUGUAUUGUUAUAAACUCGACUAUGACAAAAUUGCUUGUUUUACUUAGAUGCAUGAAUGAUUUUGUAUACUUCCUAAACAUUAUUCUUCAG